CGAUUCUAAGAAGUCUCCGUGAAUGGGCCUCAUGCAUCAGAAUGAAUCAAGGAAUUAUUGCUGAUGUAUUUUCAUUCUUGAGCAUAGUCGGAAAACACAUGACUUCCAGAGAAAGGGUGGAGGUUUUGGCAUACGACGAAGUAUCUGUGAGAAGCACUGUGGAGUACGACAGGCGACAUGACAAAGUAAUUGGACCGCAUAAGGAGAUGCAAGUAGUGUCAGCACGUGGACUAUUCGGUAAAUGAAAGCAACCUGUCUAUGCUGAUUUUGAUCAGCCAAUGAGUACCAUUGUACUUAAUGAGUUAAUCACCCGUUUUCACGAUAUUGGAUUCUCAGUAGUAGCUUGUGUCCACGAUUGUGGUGGUAGCAAUCUAUCACUGUGGAAGAAAAUCGGCAUUAGCUAUUCGGCGGAACGAACGGUGAUGAAACAUCCCGUCACAUCAAAAAAUAUUUAUUUUUUCCGAGACGCUCGUCAUUUGCUUAAACUAAUAAGGAAUUGGAUAUUAGAGAAAGGAUUUUUUUAUAAAGAUCGAUUGGUUACGAAAAAGUUUUUGCUACAGUUAGUUGAAAAGGCCUCUACACUAAAAUCUCCUUAUUCCAACACAAGCCCAGAAUUUAAAAAUCAAGAACAUAACUCCUUGUUCAAACUGAGCAUUAAGCACGCAACGGUGAGCGGGGCAGAAAGACAAAAUGUAAGACUAGCAGCUGAGUUGCUUAGUCAUACGACUGCUGUGAAUCUACGGAGACACUUCGGUGAAUAUGAAGAAGCGCAACUAUUGGCAGAAAUUAUCGACAAGGUUAACUCAUGGUUCGAUGUUCUUAAUUCUCAUCAAAUCAAUCAGUCCAUCUCAUCUAAAAAAUGCUAUAGAAUGGAUAUUGAACGCCAAGAUAAGAUUCUCGACGAUAUGGCUGAUUUAAUGAAAAAUAUCAGAACAUUAAGUAACCAUAAGUUGCCAGCUCCACACAUUUACAGGUGUUUCAAAAAGCAGUUUUGGUUUCGAUAGUAUCGCUCAAACAUCUCCUAAUUCAAAUGAAACAUGAAUAUGAUAUUGAUGAAUUACAAGUUAAAUCACGAUUGUGUGGAAAAUCUUUUCGCUACACUUCGUUUGAACAGUGGAUCACAAGACCAUCCAUCCCCGAUGCAAGCGCUGGAACGAUUACGUUUAAUAAUUCUCGGCAAAAAUUUGAAUCAGCAGCUUAAAGUCAACCAAAACACUCAGAACAUAUUAGUUGACGAAAACUACAUUAUGACCAGAUUGUUCAGAAGAAGAAGCGAUAUUGAGCAAAUGCGAUCGAAGGUUACCGUAAACGUGCAGAGCGAAAUUGCUUCAGCUGAUGCUAGCUAUGAAGACGAUCGAUGGGAAUACCGAACAGAGGAACAGACCUUGGAAGAAAAGGAUGGUGUGGAAUAUGUAUCUGGGUAUUUGGCACGACGCUUGAACAAAAAUCACCCUGAGCUUGGAUAAUACAUUAUCAGUUGAUUGAGAAAUCAGAAGACAACUAUACGGAGGAUUUCUCAGGAGGUGGGCUGGUGGAACCAUCGCAGGAAUAGUUCGAUUUAUCGAACUGAAUGAACGCGUAUUUCGACUGGAUUCACAAUGGUGGGGAGAAUGGAGAGAUACCCGUGUUUAGAGACGUCGAAAAUGUGAAAAAAAGUCUGUUCCGAAACUUAAAAACCAAUUUCCCGAAGUGUGAUUGAAAAAUAUGUCACUACACGCAUUAACAUCAGAUUAAAACAUAUGAAAAAAAAAAUUCUAGAGGGGAAGAUUCAUAAAUAUAUGUAAAAUAGUCAAGAUUAGACCACAUGGUAACUUUCGAAACC